ACUGUGCGAAGUGGUGUUUUUGUCAGUAUCUGAGAACUCUUAUCUCGUUGAUCAAUUAUUGGAAUGCAUGUAUAGUGCCGAGAUUAUGGCUGGUAUUGGGCCAGAAGAUAAACGAGCGAAUUUUGUGGAUAAACGAGGCAAGAAAGACAUAAAGGAAGCAAAACGACAAGGGAAGAAUGUAGCUGAAAGCAUGUUGUGUGAGAAAUUCUUUGCUAAUAUUUAUCUUGCUCAUGUUAUAACGCAUUAUGCUGAAAGUUUGCGAGAAGAGGAGGAGAAAAGUGAAGAAACAAAAGGUCUAGCAUCUAGAAAGUUGCCACAUCCAAAUACCUUCGAUGAAACUGCGGUAAGAUCUGACAAAACAAAAGAGAGGAAAUUGAAUGAACAAGAACAACGUCUGUAUGAAUUCGCCUUAAUUAUUGCUUGUCGAGCGUUUGCUGUUAAAAACUACUUGUACUAUCAGCACAAUAUUUCCUAUGGAUAUCACGAUUUCAGUUACUCAUUCAUGGAGUUUAUUGAUCGGAGUUUAAAGUGGAUGUGUUCCUUGAACAAGAAAAUUGGUGCAUUGGCAUUCGAAUUGAUCCUAGAAAGGCAUAAUUUUCAUUCAACUUCUUUUGUGAAAUGUUUUAAUCCUACUGAGCUGUUGAAAAUAUGUACAUUUAUGAUGGAAUCUGAACAGAAAAGCAAGGAAUCCAUAUGGAUCAGGACAAAGGACACAUUGUUAUCGAUAAUGUCAUCGAAAUCUGAUUGUAAAAUCACGGAAAUUAUUCAUCUAUGUCGAACAGUCGAGAAGGAAGCACCCUCGAAGCAAAUGCUUUUAAUCCCUGCCGUGUGUAAGCAACUCCUCGCUUUGAUUGGUCGAAAUAGUAUAAAGGCUCCUAUGAAGAAAGAGCACUUACAUAAAGUAUUGGUGACAAUGUAUAAUUUUUGUAAGAAGAUUGAGAGCGAUGAUGACUCAAGCGAGACAUUGGAAUGCAUUAAAGAGUUAUUCGGUGACAACGGUAGCGAUGAACCGAGCACAAGUAAGGAAACUGGUAACGAGAACAACCUUGAACCAAAUUUACAACUAUGUCUGGAUAUCGCUUUCGAGAUUGUCAAAUAUUCUUCGGACACACGAACGCGCAAUUAUGAAUCUCGUGGAAUAUUCGAGGGAAUUUGUGAAGUGGUGACGUAUGUAGCUAGGCGAGCCCACACAAUGAGUGGUAAACAAUCAGCGGAUGAUCUACACAAUCCUGACGUAAAGACGAAACCUUUUGAAAUGGUUCAUGUAAAUCGAUUCAUUGAAACUUUAUGUUUACAUAUUAAAGAUUACACAUUACUAGCGGAUUUCUUCUUCGAGCUAUGUUAUCGCCUUUUUGGUCUCACAAUGAAUGGAUCGUUUGGUCGUCAUCGAGUUUCAGUAAAGGAUGAUGCGGAAGUGGACAAAAUCACCAAGUCAUCUGCCUGUUUUUCUGUCCUUUUAAAAAGAUGUAUAAAUGGUUUACGUGCUCAAACUGAAAACAAUGAAAUGACGAGAUUCAUCAAAGAAACUGUGCACGAAGGAGAAGGUUAUUGUCGAACAAGAGCAAGGAAUGCAAACUUUUAUUAUGAAACAUCUCUUGUUACUUUCCUCGAAGUAUUAAAACGUUUGAUGAACAUUGGAAACAAUGGUGAAGAAUUCGAGACUUUUUCUAGUAAAUUUGCGGCGAGGCAUCCAAUAACUCGAUUUGCCAUCGAUGAGAUUAAGAACAAAGGAUCGAACGAGGAAAAACAACGUCAUCACCAACUUGUGUCAUCUUUGUUAUUGCAGAGAAUGUUUAGCGACACGGUAUCGUUUGGUUAUGAGGACGAUUUGUGGUAUGAUUGAUGAUUUUUCAUACUAUGAUAUUUGUAUAUCGUUCGUUAGUCAACGUCUUGAGCUCGUGUUGUAUUCAAACAAUUCGUUUCCUAGAAACACUGUUAUCGUUACUAAAAUUGGAAUAUUUUGAUGAGAUCAAAUGACUGAACAUGAAGUUAAGUUGAGAGCCGGCAAAUUAAUGUUGAGAUGUUAUAUUGAAUAUUUUGAUGUUAAAGUAAUUCUAGUUUCCUCUGAUUAAAAAAGGACGAUUGUUUUCUUGCAUUCAA